AGUGGGACUGCGGACAGUGCAGGCGCCUCUCUGGUGAGUGGGACUGCAGUCUCUGCAGGCGUCUCUCUGGUGAGUGGGACUGCAGUCUGUGCAGGCGUCUCUCUGGUGAGUGGGACUGCAGUCUGUGCAGGCGUCUCUCUGGUGAGUGGGACUGCAGUCUGUGCAGGCGUCUCUCUGGUGAGUGGGACUGCAGUCUCUGCAGACGUCUCUCUGGUGAGUGGGACUGCAGUCUGUGCAGGCGUCUCUCUGCUGAGUGGGACUGCGGACAGUGCAGGCGCCUCUCUGGUGAGUGGGACUGCAGUCUCUGCAGGCGUCUCUCUGGUGAGUGGGACUGCAGUCUGUGCAGGCGUCUCUCUGGUGAGUGGGACUGCGGUCUGUGCAGGCGUCUCUCUGGUGAGUGGGACUGCAGUCUGUGCAGGCGUCUCUCUGGUGAGUGGGACUGCAGUCUCUGCAGGCGUCUCUCUGAUGAGUGGGACUGCAGUCUGUGCAGGCGUCUCUCUGGUGAGUGGGACUGCGGACAGUGCAGGCGCCUCUCUGGUGAGUGGGACUGCAGUCUCUGCAGGCGUCUCUCUGGUGAGUGGGACUGCAGUCUGUGCAGGCGUCUCUCUGGUGAGUGGGACUGCGGUCUGUGCAGGCGUCUCUCUGGUGAGUGGGACUGCAGUCUGUGCAGGCGUCUCUCUGGUGAGUGGGACUGCAGUCUGUGCAGGCGUCUCUCUGGUGAGUGGGACUGCAGUCUCUGCAGGUGUCUCUCUGGUGAGUGGGACUGCAGUCUGUGCAGGCGUCUCUCUGGUGAGUGGGACUGCGGACAGUGCAGGCGCCUCUCUGGUGAGUGGGACUGCAGUCUCUGCAGGCGUCUCUCUGGUG